AUGGCCAAACUGUUGGUCUCCCUCCUGGCAUUACCGUUUUUGACAGGAGCCCUACCCGCAGACGGGCUGGUGUCACGUGGAGAUCGCAGUCACGACGCCGACUCUUUCAACGUCUCGCAGUUUGUUCCUUCUGACUCCUACGCGCCUCAGAAGCAUGGCAUCCCAUUCCCCCUGAAGGAUGAGUCCAUCCAACCAUGGGUUAAACUCAAUCAGCCAUCACAGAUAGCUGCUGCUGCAAUGAUUGAUGCUGCGUCCACUUGCACUCCUCUUACACCUUCAAAUCCGUCUACCUGGUGGUACGAAAGUGUCACUCAUAAUGGGUUGUCUUCUUUCAUGUCCUCAAAUUACAGGAACGAGUACUCUGUCUUCCGUAAUGUUGUAACCGACUUUGGCGCAGACAACACCGGUGCCACGGAUGCAUCUGCUGCUAUUCAGAAAGCUAUUAAUGCCGGUCCGUCAAAUGGAGGCCCUGCUAGAGGUUCCGGAAACUACGGAACAACUGGUCAACCUGCAGUAGUCUAUCUCCCAGCUGGUACCUACUUAAUGUCCAGCAGCAUUCAGCUUCUUGUCGGUACUGUGCUUGUUGGCGAUCCCAUCAACCCUCCGACUCUCAAAGCUGCCGCCGGCUUCCCCAAUGAUCAUGUUAUCUAUGCAAAGGACCCCAAUUUUGGCGGUACCAUCAAUUUCUACAUUGGCAUAAAGAACAUCAUUAUUGACUCCACAUCUGUCGAUGGCGCUCAAAGUUUGGCACUUCUUGACUGGACCGUUAGCCAAGCUACUCAACUGGCAAACGUUGUUUUCAACAUGCCCAACUACUCCACUGGCCAUGUUGGUGUCACCUCCCAAUAUGACUCUAACAGCAACAUCAUCUUAAACGACCUGACAUUCAACGGUGGUGCGUACGGUUUGAAACUUUCUGGACAGCAAUGGAUCCUCAAGAAUAUCAAGACGAGUGGCACUACCACCGGUAUCAAGGCCGGAGGUUUUAGCGUCGUUUGCCAGGCUUGCUCUUUUGCUUAUGCUGCAACUGGUAUUGAUGCAACUGGUGUAUCCGGUACGAUUACCGUGAUUGACUCGUCCGGUUCAAAUCUUGGCGUCUUCCUUCAGGGAACGAACAGUGGUGGCGCUGGCAACUCUGUGGUUCUUGAGAACGUUUCAUACUCCGGAACCACUGUUCAAUUGAGCGGGAGCACAGUUCUGACUGGUAGCGUCACUGAUACUUGGGUCUAUGGUGAUCUGUAUUCCAGCGGCAGCUCUAGCCGCGGUCUUGCUCGUGGAACCACAGUGACAACCCCUCGCUCUUCAUCUCUUUUGUCUAACGGCAACUACUUCAUCACGCAGAAGCCUCCUACUUUCCAGGAAUACUCCGCGGACCAGGUUCUGAACAUCAAGUCGGUUGCUGGCCUGCCGGUGUACGGUGACGGCUCUACUGAUGACACGGCAAAUAUCAACACCAUCCUUGCGCAAUAUGCUGGAUGCAAAGUCAUCUACUUCCCUGCUGGAACUUACAUUGUGACUAAUACCAUCACUAUUCCGGCUGGUUCUCGUAUCUAUGGUGAGGGCUACGGAACUGCUAUUUCGGCUAUUGGUUCCAACUAUUACAACCCUAAUUCACCAGGCACCAUGGUGAAGAUCGGAAAUGCUGGUGAUGUCGGUGUUGCGCAGAUUGUUGAUAUAAUCUUUACGGUUGCCGAUGUUCUUCAGGGUUGCAAACUGGUCGAAGUGAAUAUUGCUGGUUCCAACCCUGGCGAUGUUGGUCUCUGGAACUCCCACUUCCGUAUCGGUGGUGCUGCUGGUAGCAAGGUCGAGACAAACUGUGGCGGUAGCCCCGAUCAGUGCAAAGCAGCUUGGGGUCUUAUCCACCUGACGAGCUCAUCCUCUGCCUACAUUGAGAAUAUGUGGGGUUGGACUGCUGACCAUGACUUGGAUGGAAACAAUGGUCAGACCAUCUCCACUGGUCGUGGUAUGCUUAUUGAAGCUACCAAGGGAACAUGGCUUGUGGGAACGGCCAUGGAGCACCACACCUUGUACCAAUACAACUAUAACAAUGCGAAGAACGUUGUCUCCACCUUCCAGCAGAGUGAAACCCCCUAUUGGCAAGGACCUGGCAAUGAUAUCGCUCCUAUACCCUGGAGCAGUAAUCUGAUCGCCUCUGAUCCCGGUUUCAGCAGCUGUGCUUCCGGCGACGCCAAAUGCGGCAUGGCCUUCUUCGAGCGCAUCUCUGGUUCAUCUGACUUAUUCUUGUAUAACGGCAUGGUCUGGGUAUUUUUUAACAACAACGGUGGUUGCAGUGGUGAUUGCCAAUCGAACGCAAUCAAUAUCCUCAAGUCGUCGCCACUUUACAUCUACGGCCAGGGAGUUAAAUCUGUGACCAACAUGUUCUUGGAGAGCGGAAGCCCUAUUGCCAAGCAAGGCGAUAACCAAGGUGGUUGGGGGGGGAAUAUUGCUGCUUAUCUUCACGACUCUUAG